GCGUUCCGCGCAUAGGAAUUGUUAAUUUUUCUCCUGUACUGGUGGCAGCACUGCGUACGUGCAGCGCGAAGAGCGUGCGCAAAGCGAGACCAUCUCAAAAGUCCGGUCGCCGUCACCUGUCUCACGAUUCGAGAAACGAUAGUAACUUAUAUAGUGGACAGGAUGUUCAGUUUUCACAAACCAAAGGUGUAUCGAUCUAGUACGGGCUGCUGCAUAUGCAAAGCCAAAUCUAGCAGUUCGAGAUUCACGGAUAGCAAAAAGUAUGAAGAUGAUUUUGUGCUAUGUUUUCAACUCAGUGAAAGGCGUAGUGGAGAAAUAUGUAAUGCAUGUGUUCUUCUAGUAAAGAGAUUCAAAAAACUGCCUCCAGGAAUUGAACGUAACUGGAAACAUGUUGUGGAUGCACGUGCUGGUCCUGGUAUUAAAUCGCUAACAAAAUUUAAAGCAAAAAAUAAAAGGAAACUUAAAGAUAAAUCCGAUAAACUUGCUAAGAAAAAACAUGUCUAUGUAAAAACAGAAGCAGAUCGAGAACAAAGCCCACCGAUGAAUGAUGAUCUAAUUGAAGAUUAUAGACUGACAAAUAGUAAACCGUCGAGCAGAUCGGAAAGCAUUUCAGACGAUGACAACGAUGUUGGCUCUAAUGAAAAACAAAUAGAUCUCGUUCAAGAUCAAAAUCAUGAUCAUGAUCAAGAUAUGAAUGACGAUAAUAUUGACUUCUUAGAUUUAAAAUAUUAUAAAAGAGAAAUUACUUGCUGCGGCAGUAUUUUUAGAGGCGCCAAUGGUGAAAUCAUAAUAUAUCCGUCUGUCUUGAAACCUUGCGAAAAUCUUGCCAGGCGGCAGCUCAGUACUUCUCUGGCAGUCGCCAGUCCAGCUCACAGUUCUGCAUCCACCAGUCCUAUUCAUAGCGAUGAAUCCCCAUCGUCAAGUCCAGAAACAAGUUCGAAACAAACGAAGACCUUUAGCGAUUCUUCAUCUGAUUCCGGUUACGAUGAGUCCUCCAAUCAGGGUGAGAGCAAAAUAGCGAAAAAUGUUCAAGUUAAAGCAGAAAUAAAAACGAUAGAAGAAACCGAUAAAAUAAGAUCCAUAAAACUUGAUCAAUUAUCGAGCUGCAAUCCUUUGCAAUCUAUCAAUAUUACUAAUCAAUCACUUCAGUCGGUCUCCAAUUAAUGUCGGCCCCUUAUAGAAGGUUAAUUUAUUCCUUUACUUAUGAAGACACACACGCAUAGAUUUGUACAUAUAUAUACAGGGUGUUCACUAGGUAAUUUUUUAAUUACAAUUUUCAAUAAAACUUUUAAUCUAAUAAAUUUUUUUCGAUGAAAACAAAAUCUAUACUUUCAUGAUACAUGAAAUAAAUUAUUGAUAAUUGAUCCUGUACUAAUUAUUUUUUUUGAUUGAAUCUUAAAAUUCUUAAAUUUUCUGAAUUUCAAUUUAAAGACGAUUUUUCCUCAUGGAGAAUAUUCGAAUUUUAAUCCUAUAGUAUAUAUAAAUAGAGUUUUUAAAACUUUACGAAUUAUUUAAAUUAUUUUUCCAUACAUUAUUACUACUACAUGAGGAUGAUAAAUAUGGAUAAUAUAUAAAUUGUAUAAUCUAUAUUAAUAUAAAUUACUUCUUUAAAAAGGGAACUCUCUCUCCCCCUCGGAUUUUAGAUAUUUUAUAUUAAUAUAUUUCAAAACUUAAGCAAUGAGAUAAAAUCUCUUGAAAGUGAGAUUGUUUAUGAAUAAAAUGUUCAUAAAAUAUGUCUCUAAAAAUCUACAUUUUUUUAUUUAAAGCAUUUUUUGUUCUGAAAUCGAUACAUCUCAUACAAAAUAAUAAUUUGUUGCAACAUAAAUGCGUCACCCUGUAUAUACGAAUAGAUAUAAGCUUGAAUUAAUUAAGUACUCUAUCCCCGAGCAGCGCAAAGUGACUCUGAAAGGUUUGAAACCUUCGUGAUGGAGGUUUAAAUGCCAUUUGGAAGUAAUUAUUGUGCUAAGAAUAAUCUACUAAUUUUAGCGAUGGACUGACGUAAACCGCCACUUCUCGAGCCGAUAAUUUUUAAGUCUUAUAUUAAGCAAUAUAACCACACAUCAAAGUUCUGUGAUGAUAUUGUAAAGUAAGAAAUGCUCAGAUUUCUUAUAUCGAAGCGGUCCGAGCUGGCGGUUUACGCAUUCGCUUUUAUAACACAUCAAGUGCCACCGCUUAGGGGGAAAGACACACAGGGUGUACUGAGACAACCGAAGAUUAUCUCAAAAAAAUCACGAUGGAAUGAUGAACAUUAAUAUUUAUUCGUAUAACAUUUUCUAAUUUGAAAGUAAAUAUUAAAUAGUCAUGUGCC